AUGUCUGCUCCACACGAUCCACCUCUGCAGGAACCUGUUCCUUUCGAAGAUUUCCAAUUUAGUUUUGGUUUGGACCCUGAUUUUGCCAUACCCGUGCCUUUCGACCUGUUUCCUGCCGACAAUGGUUCAAGAGCCCCGGAACCCAAUGUUGACACGAGCUUCAGACUGUUUUCACCGCCAGACAAUCUUCCUGCAGCAACACCUGUCGUGCCUUCUCACUCUGAUAUCUUGGACGAAAACGACCAAAAGGCGUUUUCCGAAUUCCUGGAUGCUCUGUACAUGGAUCAGGAUCUGCAGCAAUCCUCGACCAUGAUGGAGCCUUUACCCAGCCACUUCUCCAGUUUAUACGAUUCACACCCGAUGCCGCGGCAUGUCGCUCCAGAAAAUGACCAGACGCCUGUACCUUCUUCCUACCCUACGUCGUCCUCGAUGAUGAUAGACGAUGAAUACCGUCGCACGUCCAUACUCCAGUCACUUGAUCAACAAAAACGUUUCCAACAACGGCUUCAACUUCUAGCAUCCAUGUCUCCGAGAAAAUCCUCAUUUGGAUCUGAAACUCAUCAUCAUAAAGAAUCCGUCCCUCACGCACCCAUACCUCAGCCUUCCUACGCUUCCAUGCCUCCUCCUCCUCCUCCUACUUAUCCAACAUCGAAUUCUGGCUAUCAUCAGCCGCCAAGGGAGCUCAUCCAUACCCAGCCGGCUCUACCAUGGCAAGAGAAAAAACUCAAAGACCCCAUCCCAACGACCGUUGAUACUGAAGAGAACAAAAAACCUGGGAAACGACCGAUCACUGACGGCAACGUGGGCAAUGCUUACAGCAGCAAGCGAAAUAAACCGCAUAAAGAGCUAUUAACAGAAGAGGAGAAACGAACAAACCAUAUUGCGUCGGAGCAGAAGCGAAGAAGUACCAUUCGAUCAGGGUUCAAGGAUCUGUCUGAAAUUGUCCCUACAUUGAAAAAUAUGAACAAUUCCAAGAGCAUGGUGCUAUUCAAAGCCGUGGAUUACAUCAAGUACCUGGAGAAAAGAAACAAAAACCUGCGAGACAAGAUUGGGGCCCUCGAGAUUCGCGUGCAAGUAGAAGGGCGAAUGCCUACCGGUGGGGGUCAUCGUGGCUAUCGUGACGACUUGCAUUCAAAAAUGGCACCGUCGAUUGACAAAAAGGAUAUGGAAUAUCAUCCAUUCAAUAACACCGACCAUUCAAAUGCAGGCCAUGCCGCGGCCGUCGCCUUAAAAGCGCACAAAGCACAGCAAAAACAAUUACUGGCGUUCCAAGAACAUUUGCAACAGCAACAGCAAAAGGUGAUGAUCCGACAGUACGAUCCACGAGGGCCGGUCCAGCACCGACCAUCAACUUACUUUCCUGAGAGCAGCGAGCGAUGGUUUGAUGGAGAUCCCAUGUUUAGAAGAUCGUCGGGUUACGCGCAUUCAGAUAUCAAAGUAGAUGAUGCGUCGGAAGAACCGCUAAAAGCUACUGUUUCCGCAUAG